CCAGUGAGUCAGUCUAGACUGCACUGGUUGCUAGGCCAGCCGCCGGGAGAAGAUUAUUGCUCUACAGCCUCUACGUAAUAUAAAUAUAGCUGAUUUGGGGCUUUCCGUGUACAUUUGAAUAGGCAUAGGAGAGAUUCUUCAUAAUGAAAACUGUUGGCAUUAUCGGAGCUGGAGCUGCUGGACUUUGUGCCUUACGACAUGCACUAACGGCCUCACCAAAUAUUGUUCCAGUUAUAUGGGAACAGUCCAAGGUUGUUGGAGGCACUUGGGUCUACACUGACAACAUUGAUAAGGAUGAUCAUGGCCUGCCUGUGCAUUCAAGCAUGUAUAAAUCUCUCAGAACAAAUCUACCAAAAGAAGUCAUGAGCUUCCCCGACUUUCCUUUUCCUGCGGAGGGAGAUUCUUUCAUACCCCACGCAGCUAUGCUCAGAUACUUGCAGGAUUAUUCUCAAAAUUUUGACCUUGAACGACAUAUAAAGUUUGAACAUGUGGUACUAGAAGUGGUGCCAAGCAAGCCUGGUGCCAGUGACACAGAAUGGAUUGUGACAGUUCGUGACUUGACGUCAGACAAGCUCACCACCACACUCUGUCAUGCUCUGCUAAUCUGUAAUGGCCACUACUCAGUUCCAUACAUUCCUUCCAUUGAUGGCAUUGAGAACUUCUGUGGCUCCACAAUGCACAGUCACAGCUACAGAGAAGCUUCACCUUAUUCUGAUCAAACUGUUGCUGUGUUGGGGGCUUCUGCAUCUGGUUUGGAUAUCUCUGUUGAACUUUGCUCAGUUGCUAAAAAGGUGUAUUUGUGCCACAACCUUCCCAUCCCUUUUCCUGCUGCUCUACCCAGCAACCUGGAGCAGAAGGCUGGCAUUGUUGGAGUGAAGCAAGGCACCAGCAACACUUUGGUGCUCAAAGAUGGCUCUGAACUGGAAGUUGACGCUCUGCUUUAUUGCACUGGUUACUACUACACUUUCCCAUUCCUUGCUGAUUCCUGCGGAGUGACUGUUGAAGACCAGCAAGUAUGGCCGCUCUACAGACACCUCAUCCACUGUGACUACCCAACCCUUGCAUUUGUGGGCAUUCCUACCAAAAUCCUUCCAUUUCCCCUCUUUGACAUCCAGGUGCGAUUCUUCUUGCGCUUCUUGACUGGAGAGAUGAGCUUACCGUCCUGUUCAGAGAUGCAUGACGAUGCUUUAGCGUACCAUAACCGCUGCCUUCAGGAGGGUUGCCCUCCUAAACAGUUACAUCUCUUAGCGUCCAAGCAGUGGGAUUACGUCGCUGAACUUGCCCGCCUGGCUAACUUGCCCAACAUUCCUAGUGAAGUUCGACAACUUUAUGAACUUGUCCAUGGCAUCAGGAAAUAUGACUUGCUCACGUUCAAACAAAAAAAAUUUGUUAUUGGACAAGAUGGAAUUUACAGAGAAAUGUAGAUUUGGUUUUGUAGGCAUUUUUACUUUUGUAUGUACAAUUAGAUGUGGUACUCAGAAACUGUGAAUUAUUAAUUGGAGAAAUUAUCAGUGCAAACAUUUCUUAGCAAAUUUCAAGUGUGAACGUUUUGUGACUACACAACUUUAGGGAAUCAUUUUAUUUUUUUAAUGCACAUUCUCUGUCCCUUUAAUUUGCUGGGUUUUCCUGUUUCUUUCCCUGUAUAGUUUUAUGCUUCAACGUCUCAAUAUUUUAUUCGUAUUUUCAUGACACAUCUGGAUUGUUUGUUUUAAUAUUCUUCAUAUUAUCACACUGUUUUUAUACUUUGUGUGGAAAAAUUAUGCCCAAGUGUUUGGCGCUAUUUAGCUGCUGUGCCAUUUGUAACUGUCUGUGAUAGCUUAUACGUAUAAUACAUGGGUCGGAUUGUUGUGGCACUCUGCUGAGAGAGGAACACUAAAAAACUGAAACGUUGGGAUGGCGUAAUUUUUUUAAUCUGUAGUAGUACGGCAGUUAUUUAUGGUAAAGAAAUCUUGUUGGUUUUUUUC